AUGAGGCAGAAGGCUUUAAUGGAGCAUGUAGAAAACAGUGAGCAGCACAAAGACGAUGCCUUCCGAGAGAUCAUUGCAAGCUGCCGGUCGCUGAGCAAGUAUGAGACGAACCUCAAGUCCGCACUGCCCCAGAUCCUGUCGGCGAUUGUGGCCGCCUCGUUUCACAUCGUCAUCGGCAUUUCGCUGGCCUACUCGGCCAUCCUGAUCCCGCAGCUGGAACUGCCCGGUAGCGACAUACCGAUCACGAAAGGGCAAUCGUCAUGGAUUGCGUCGAUUAUCGUGAUCAUGGUACCGAUCGGUUCGUUGGUGGCGGGCGUGAUGAUGGAGUUCCUGGGCCGGCUCAACACGAUCAAACUGGCUGCCGUGCCGUGUGUGGCGGGCUGGGUUGCCAUCGCGCUGGCGAACAACUUCACCUGGAUCAUGGUUGGGCGUGUACUGACCGGUUUUGCCUGUGCGCUUGGCACCAGCCCGGCGAUCGUGUACAUCACGGAGGUGGCCCGGCCCGAUAUGCGCGGAUCGUUGAUCUCUUCCGGUCCUACGCUGGCUUCGUUGGGAAUGGUUAUUGCCUACGCAAAGGGAGCCUUCUUGGAUUGGCGGACUGUGUCGUGGAUUUGCAUCAUCUACACCAUCGUGCCGGUGCUUUUAAUACAGCUGUUCGUUCCGGAAUCACCUGUCUGGCUGGUUUCGAAAGGGCGCAUAGAGGAUGCAGCACGUUCAUUGCGAUUCCUUUACAAAAAGUAUCCCCAACCGGAGCAUACGGAUCAACCACUGUCAGAUAUGCACCUGAAUGCAUUGCUGAAGGAACGUGAAACCAAACUAGCCGAAGCGCAGAAGAACGUCAAUCGGCACGGUGUGCAGCAGUCGAAACUUCGCGGCUUCCUAAAACCAACCGGCUACAAACCGAUGAUUAUCCUGUUUUGGUUCUUCCUGAUACAGCAGUUCAGUGGCAUCUACAUAACGCUCUUCUUCGCCGUAACCUUCAUCCAAGACGUCGGCACCGAGGUGAACGCGUUCACGGCCUCCAUCUUUGUCGGGCUGACGCGCUUCACGAUGUCGCUGCUGAACGCAUGGUUGCUGAAGCGAUUCCCCCGGCGCCAGCUGGUCAUGGUCUCCACGACCGGUAUGGCCAUUUGCAUGUUCGUCUCGGGGUUGUUCACGCUGUGGAUCAAGGAGGGUACCACCACGCUGACGUGGAUACCGGUCGUCGGGCUGCUGCUGUACGUCUGCGCCUCCAUGAUCGGGCUGCUCACCAUACCCUGGACGAUGACGGCGGAACUGUUUCCGACGGAAAUACGCGGUAUCGCACACUCGAUAUCCUACUCGAUGGCAAACCUGUUAAUGUUCUUUGCCGUCCAAAGCUACAGAACUAUAACCGAUCUGCUCGGUGGAGCGUAUGCGGUACAGUGGAUGUUCGCCGUCGUGUCGGUGAUCGGAUUUUUCUUCGCACUAUUCUUCCUGCCGGAAACGCACGGCAAGAGUUUGGCGGAGAUAGAAGCAUUCUUUGCGGGUCAAUCGCAACCGCACCGUGUACCGACUGAACCAGCGGCCAAACCGUCCGUGACGGAGCAUCUGAUACGUAGCCCGAGCCGGGAGGCCAAGCUGAAAGAGGUUGAACUGAUGCUGAAGAACAAAAAUGGAGCUUAG